CCGGUAAGCUACGGGACGUUGAGGGGACCGGCACAUAAGCACUUCGACCACACCCACCAAGCUUCGACAUCUCUACUCGCACCCUCUCAAACCGCGAAGGCUUCUUGCAUUGAGCCUAAAACUGAACAACACGCGAUUCAUAUCAACUUACGUAAUCCACAACUGAUUUCCACAAGCUGCACGCACACAAGUGCCAGUACAACUUGCCAGCACCUCCAUGGACUCAUCCCUAGAUCUCAACGGUUUGGCCAAAUCUCUUCCAGCAGCAAACUUCGAGAAGGCUGAAAAGGAUCUCCUGAACAACUUCAAAGCUGCGGCGCUCAGUAUAACAACCCUCUACCGAUCUUCCAGACAUGCAUCCAAACGUGCUUAUAAUGCAGGAUAUGCAACAGCCUGUCAAGAUCUCAUGUCGAUGAUCCAACAGGGCGUUUCUACAGGUGGUGUAGCACUAUCUGGGUCUAAUAACCCUGCAGGAGACGUGAUGACAAUCGGACGAAUCAUGGACUGGAUCGAGGCUAGAAUGGAGGCAGUAAAGGCUCGCGAGGAAGAGGAAGAUGAGGAUGAAGAACGUGAAAGGGAAAAAGAAAGGGCAAGGGGGAGCGUACCUGCAAGCCGCCCCGACACAAAUAAAGACUCGACUCCCCGUGACGUCUUCCACGGGGACGCUACAAGGAAUACUGUACAAGCAGCUCCCUCUUCUUCCCGUCUGGAGCAGCGAACGGUUGUUCCAGCGCCAUUGACUCCACACUCCCCUUUCACAGUUAACACCCCAAAUGUUCCAAACAGACAACCCUCACCUACGCCAUCCGCAAUGCCACCCGUACGCCCAUCAAGCCACCCAUACACCGGUCAACGUCCAUCCAAAUCUCGCCCCUCAGGCACCAAGAAAGACAAUUCGGAGCCAUUUCCAAUCGGCCCACCAAUCACAGCUUGCCUUACGCCGUCAGAGAAUCUAUUCCGGAUGUCUCCUGUCACGGCCUCAUCAGUCACAGGAGAACCUGCUUUCUCCGACUAUACCGCCGGCGCUAAACGUCGUCACGCUGUCAUGAUGAUGCUCGAUUCCACCACUUCAGGCGCUACCGAAUCAUCUUCACAAGGCAGUAGCGUCUCAUCAUCCCUCACAUCCGCCUCUGGAAACACUAGACGAAGAACGCGGAGCUCACGCACAUCCGUCCUUGGGACUCAACCCCAAAAUACCUUGGGGGACGCCAUGGACGUAGAAGAUGAGGGACGAGAACGAAAGCGAGUGGCUAGACGAUGACCGCUAUUCAAUUAGAAGUAAAGAAAGGUAGGUAUUACCUUUAAGUGUAUGUCAUAGGGUCGCUCCCCACACUACCCCGUUUCCACAGUCUUUUAGCAUUUG